UUUGCCGCGCUAGCGGUGUCGGGUUUUACUCAAAGGUGGAGAGUGGGAUUCGGCGGGCGGCGCUAGGAGCAGGUGAAGAAGCAUCCUUGUUCCGGCUGUUGCUGUUAUUCUUUCUCCGGUGUCUGAGUCUGGGAAGGACAAGCUUUCUUUGCUGCUAGAGCUUCAGUGAACUGUUGCCCAGAACCUAGGCACUUCAGACAUUUCAUCUCAUCCCUUAUUCCGCGUUCACUGUGUAAACCACCUGCACAUUUGUAACCCUGUGAAUGUUCCUUCUGCUCAAUGCCCAGAGAAGGGGUCUAAAGGGAAUUUCAAGUGUUUGAAAGAAAGGGUCUUUGCCGACUGCGGGGAGCUGUCUAAGGUGCUGAAGCUUUCCAGGCGUUCGUCUCCUGCAACACCACGCAGAGUUAGAUUGCACAUUUUUCGUUCCUGGCUUUCUCAUCCCCCAUGCCUUGGAUAAGAUUAAUUUCAGGAUCGUGAAAAUCUCUCCGUAUCAUGGCCCACGUGAGACACUUUCGGACAUUCGUUUCAGGAUUUUACUUCUGGGAAGCAGCACUGUUACUCAGCUUGGUUGCAACAAAGGAAACAGACAGUGCAAGAUCUCGAAGUGCUCCAAUGUCACCUUCUGACUUUCUGGAUAAAUUAAUGGGGAGGACAUCAGGGUAUGAUGCAAGAAUCAGACCCAAUUUUAAAGGCCCUCCUGUUAAUGUCACAUGCAACAUAUUCAUAAACAGCUUUGGCUCUAUCGCUGAGACGACAAUGGAUUACAGAGUCAAUAUCUUCCUUCGUCAGAAGUGGAACGAUCCUCGCCUUGCAUAUAGUGAAUACCCUGAUGAUUCUUUAGACCUAGACCCUUCCAUGUUGGACUCCAUUUGGAAACCUGAUUUGUUCUUUGCCAAUGAAAAGGGUGCCAACUUUCAUGAAGUUACUACAGACAAUAAAUUGUUAAGAAUUUUCAAGAAUGGAAAUGUUCUUUACUCAAUAAGAUUGACAUUAACACUUUCUUGUCCAAUGGAUCUCAAGAAUUUUCCAAUGGACGUGCAAACAUGUAUAAUGCAACUGGAAAGUUUUGGGUACACAAUGAAUGAUCUCAUUUUUGAAUGGCAAGAUGAGGCGCCUGUACAAGUGGCCGAAGGACUCACUUUGCCCCAGUUUCUGCUGAAAGAAGAGAAAGAUUUACGAUACUGCACUAAACAUUACAACACAGGCAAAUUUACAUGUAUAGAAGUACGAUUCCAUCUUGAACGACAAAUGGGAUACUAUCUGAUCCAGAUGUACAUUCCCAGUCUCCUGAUCGUGAUUCUAUCCUGGGUUUCAUUCUGGAUCAAUAUGGAUGCUGCUCCAGCCAGGGUAGCCUUGGGAAUAACUACUGUUCUGACUAUGACCACACAGAGUUCAGGAUCUCGAGCGUCCUUACCAAAGGUUUCAUAUGUCAAAGCUAUUGACAUUUGGAUGGCAGUAUGCCUCCUUUUUGUGUUUUCAGCACUUCUGGAAUAUGCGGCUGUAAAUUUUGUAUCUAGACAACACAAAGAACUUCUGAGAUUUCGACGAAAGAGAAAGAAUAAGACAGAAGCUUUUGCAUUGGAGAAGUUUUACCGUUUCUCAGACACGGAUGAUGAGGUAAGGGAAAGUCGAUUCAGCUUCACAGCCUAUGGAAUGGGGCCAUGUCUGCAAGCAAAAGAUGUUGUGACCCCAAAGGGCCCAAACCAUCCUGUCCAGGUAAUGCCGAAAAGCCCUGAUGAAAUGAGGAAGGUCUUUAUCGACAGAGCCAAGAAGAUUGACACCAUCUCUCGAGCUUGCUUCCCAUUAGCCUUUUUGAUUUUUAACAUUUUCUACUGGGUUAUCUAUAAAAUUCUUAGGCAUGAGGAUAUUCAUCAGCAACAAGAUUAAGCCUCCGGGGGCAUGCAAGCGCGAACGAUCAAUUCAAAGGAAAGUUUCUUUGCCAUGGGUGUGUGUAUGUGUGUGUGUGGUAUACAAAUAAGGACCAUCAAAUUAAAGUGGCAAAUGGGAA